GGGAAUGAUUGAUUUGAAUUUCACUCACGAGCGCAGCGAGUGAGUGGCCACGCAGGCCGCUAAUUCCUUUUAAAAAAUUAUGUUGGCAAUACUUAUUAUGUGCUUAUCAUUUUAUCCUUAUCCAUUAUUCGGAAAACUGCCAGUUGCCACCGACCCAGUCAGUAAACAAAUGUACUGCUCUCGUAUCUCGUUAGAUUUUACGUUUGAACUGGUUUCUUCACUUACAUUUUGCUUCUCGUAAUAUCAUUAAUCGUUAUAACCUAUUUUUUAAAUUAUAGUGGUUUAAAUUUGUAAUUUUUUUUUAUAAGUUUUAAUUAAUUAAAAUAUAUUUACAGUUCAGGGUAAUUAGUUGACUAAAUUAAUAAACGUAACUUUCUAAUUUUAAAAUAUACAAUUUUAUUGAAAUUAAGUUUAAAUAUGCUCGUUUAUUGGAUAUUCUAGACCAAUGUAUUGCGCAUAAAUUAAGUAAUAAUUCUGGAUUUCUAACGAUGUCUACAACUUCAAGUAGUGAUAAUUCAGACAUCAAUAGUAAAAUUAAAAAAGUAGCUGAAGAUUGUGGAAGCGACAUUGCAGUGCGUAAAAUUGUAUGUUCUGAAAAACUUAAAGACAUACCUUACAAUAUGAAAAAAUAUUCUGAAACAUCAGUCUCAUCAUUAAGUAGUUCUUCAGAGUCAAAUAAUUCAGACUAUGAUACUGACAAUAGUUCAGAUCUGAAUAGUGACGAGAACGAAAAACUAAUGGACACAUGUACCGAAAACCUACAAAAUAUUGGAACAGAUAUGUAUUACUUAAAUACAUUGUUGUAUAGUGAAAAAAUAAGAGAAGUUGAAAAGAAGAUCGUUGAAGUGAGAUUGGGUACAGCUAAAGAAUACCGUAUACCUUUACAAAAAUUACAAGAUAAAAUGAAGUCUCGACUUGAAAAAGCAUCUGUAUUAAGACAAUUCAAAUUAGCAAAUUUAAAAAAUAAGUAUGAAGCAGAAGAACAAGCAAUUGAACAGAAUUUUGAGAAUAAUAAAGAAAUUUUAUACGAUACUAUAAAAGCUGAUUUAGAAGAACAAAUUCAGCAAUUAGAAGAAGCACGUAAUGAAGUAGAUGUAGAUGCCUCUCUUUGGUUAGGUUUUGGUCGUAGUUUAACUCGUAGUGGACGCGGACGUGGAAGACGACCUUAUGAUCAUAUACAACCAAAGCGGAAACCUGUUACUGUAUCUGGACCAUGCAUAGUCUACAACCUUAUGGAAGAUGAAAUACUUGAAGAUUGGACAAAAAUCAAAAAGUUGUUGUCAUCAUCAAAACGAAAAGAAAAGAAAAUGCAACAAAACAAACCACAUAAAUAGAGCAACAAGGUAUUUCAGUAAGUUCCUUUGUUUGUAUUUUAAGUUGGAACUAUACUAAAAUUUAACUAUCAUAUUCUAAUAAAAUUAUUAAGCCCUUAGUAUAUUGAUCCCUUAUUUUACACUUGACACCUUGAAUUAAAAUCAUUCAAUAUGUGAUUGAUGUCUCUAUUUAUGUUUUAAUUAUUAAUUGAAAAAUAUUUUUAAUCUUCUGUACCUAACCAAAUAAAUAUAUGAAUGAUUUAGAAAAGGGUUUCCAUUUAAAUUAAUAAAAAACUCAUUAUACUACCGUUUUAACUUAUAGAUUUAAUAAUUUAAUAAUUUGUUA